UGCUCCGUCUUCCAUCUUAACAAACCUCCGAGGACGCGACGCAGGACGCUGAGGCACGAGGGAACGAGCAGGUCGCCGCGUCCCUGCUGCUCCGAGUCCACGCUCCGUGUCACGCCUCCGUGGGGCUCAAGCGUUAGCUAUCCGCUCAAUGCACGCCGAACCACAGCUGCGCGCGCACGCGCACAUAUUCUCGCCUUGUGUGGCUGCAGCUUUGUCCGGCACCGGGAGAACCUGCCAGUCACUUGAAACUCAAGGUCACUCACACAGAGAUGCGGCAGCAGCUGCAGCGUCUUCAGCGUCUGCGUCGACGCGCAGACGCUCACGCGGCUUAAUAUCUGCGCUUUCGUGGCGCUCAUUACCUUGUGUCCUCGUGCUGAUGGACUAAUUACAGAGCACGCUGACAAACUGCUGCAGGGACGCGCGCCGUGGUCGUCUGACGCCCCCUCGUGGUUGACAGGCGACGCAGCAUGUGAACCGAUCAUCGUCCUAUUGUCUCCUCUAACCGGUAACCGAAAGCCUCCUGACUAUUUAUAUGACGGUUAUGAAAAACCCAUGUGACGCAAACUGGGCUCGGUGCGACGAUCCGCGAGCGCGUGAGCUCGAAUGGUUUCCACUCAACCCCGCGAGUCGACGGUGAACGCGGGUGGUUGAGCGCGUCCUGAGAGCCUUCGUGUUCAGCGGAGGGCACGGGCUGCACAAAGGGACCAUUGUUGCCUGCGUGCGCCCGUCGCUCGCGCAGUCACCCUUUGAAGGCUCUCCAAUCGGAGCGCAUAGCGCCACCGACAGUGGGCGGGGCUUGUGCCCCCUCCAGCUCCUGCUCCAGCAAGCCCCGCUGUGGAAGCGCGUCCCAGUGACGCGACGGCGAACGGCGAGCAUCAUUUUCAGCCUCGGCUCCGAGCGCUGCAGCCUCCGGACCGAACCGCUACUGACCGGGAGCUCGCAGAAUCUGGGCUCGAGGAACUAAGGGAUGCGCGCGCCCACGAGGUCACGGUUUGGGCAGGUACGAGACCUGUGGCGCUCGUGAAUGACGGACCCGCAGAUGCCGACUGCACCCCAGUCUGGAUGUAGCUGUUCUUCCUGCUCACAGCCCGCAGGCCUGGCCCGGUUCGGCCCCAUAUGGACGGAUACCGCUUCAGGUGCUGUACUCAUGGGAUACGCGGCUCGCGCUCGUAAGCAUGCGUGCGUGUCCGAUUCCACUCGCGCCCCGGAGCCUCCCCUCAGUCCUCACCUCCUGACACAGCUGCUCCACUUGGACUUCCCCUGGUCGCCAUGAGGGCGAGCGCUCGGUGAUCGGGACCGGAGAGCCCUAUUUUUGGAUACGACUUUGUUGCCUGCACGCGGAUUUAUCUGCGCUCUGGGAUCCUUUGUGUCAAAGGGCUCAGCGACCGACUGCGCGCGCGGUGACCGAGCGGCGGCUCCGCUCCGCUCCACCGCCGUUGCGGCCACUUGCUCCCUUUGUGGGCGGCCGUGAUGGCAGCCGGCCGGCCGGAGGCGCACGACCACCCGCCGGAGAACGGCUUCACGUCGCUGGAGCACGCGGCGCCGCGGCUGCUGCCGCACAUGGACGCCUCCGUUCUGCCGGUUCUGGGGGGGUUCGGGAGGCAUCAGAAGCAGCUUGUGGUCCUGACCUGGAUACCGGCAUUGUUCAUUGGCUUUAGCCAGUUUUCGGAUUAUUUCCUUCUCGCGCAACCCAACGGCACGUGCGUGCAGCCCCUGGCGAACGACACCAACUGGACCGUGGCGUCCCCGCCCGCGAUCCAACUCAACGGCACCGGACAGGGACUGGUCGACGGGAGCGGCGCGCUGUGCGCCUGCAAGGAGUGGAAGCUGGAGCUGCAGACGGGACUGAGUCAGAAUGUGGUUACCAAGUGGAAGCUGGUGUGCGACUCUGCCUGGAAGGUGCACACGGCCAAGUUCUCCCUGCUGGUGGGCUCCAUAUGCGGCUACCUGGUGAUGGGCGUCAUGGCUGACUGGUUUGGUCGACACCCGGUGUUGAUUCUCUCGGUGCUUUUCAUGCUGGUGUUCGGUCUGAGCGUGGCCUUCUCUGUGAACGUCACCAUGUUCAGCACCUUGCGCUUCUUUGAGGGUUUCUGCCUGGCGGGCCUGGCUCUCUCCCUCUACGUGCUCAGGAUCGAGCUGUGCUUGCCAGCCUGGCGCUUCUCCGCGACCAUGGUGACCAGCUUUCUGAUGGUGGCCGGGCAGCUGCUGAUGCCGGGGGUGGCCGCUCUGUGCCGCAGCUGGCCGGACAGAGACGACUGGCAGGUCCUGCAGAUCGUCAUAAUCAGCCCCUUCGUUCUGAUGCUGCCCUACGUCUGGAUUUUCCCUGAGUCCUUGCGCUGGUUGCUGGCCACCCAGCACUACAGGCGCUCCAAAGCCAUGAUGCUGCGCGUCGCCAAGAAGAACCAGGUCGACAUGACGACCGAGCCAAGUGGAGUUCUCGCAGAGCUGGAGCAGGAGCUGCACAAGAAGCCCCAGAGGACCUGCAUAGUCAAGAUGAUGAGCACCAGGAACUUGUGGAAGAACAUUGUGGUGCUGUGUGUCAACUCUCUGACAGGGUACGGGAUCCACCACUGCUUCGCCCGUAGCAUGAUGGACCCGGAGGCGCAGCCCACGGCCUUGUGCCACGCAGACUACUACACCAUGGCCGGCAUCGCCGUGGCAACCUGCCUGGCACUGUGCCCCGCGGUGGCGUUGAUGGGGCGCCGCGGGGGCCUGCUCACCUUCAUGAUCAUAACAGCGCUCGCGUCACUGCUACAGCUGGGUUUACUCAACUUGAUUGGGAAGUACAGCCUCCGCCAUGACACAGUGCUGAGAGACACCCUGAACAGGAAGUUCUCGGUGGCCUUCUCCAUCAUCGGCAUGUUCUCGUCUCACGCCGUCAGCACACUCAGCAUUUUCUUUUGUGCUGAAAUCACUCCCACUGUCAUCAGGGGUGGGGGGCUGGGCCUGGUCCUGGCGAGCGCUGGCUUCGGCAUGCUCACGGCGCCCAUCAUGGAGCUCCACAACCAGAAGGGCUACUUCCUGCACCACGUCAUCUUCGCCUGCUGCACCCUGCUGUGCAUCAUCUGCCUGCUGCUGCUGCCCGAGCCGCGGGGCCACCCGCUGCCCGAGAGCCUGGCCGACGGGGAGACCUUCACCCGUCAGACCCUCCUCCACCCGGGAGAGCAGCACCUCCUUCUCGCCAAGUGCGACAGGGACUACUCGCGCGUCCACGACACCCCGCUGCACCUCACGACCACUGGCAGCGCCACAGUGGCCGCAGCCACCGCUCUGGCAGCGGUGCCUGCGUCGUACGCCCUGGCCACUGGUGGGGAGGUCAUAGGGAACCGUGCCAUAGCUAACGGGGUGUGAGCAUGUGAGCAAUAGUUUACUACAGUGCUACUAUGUAAUUCAAACUGAAUAGUCCAUGAAGAAAACACUGUUCGGAACCAGAUGAACAAUCAUGGUUGAGAUGGUGACGAUAGUCAUUGUUGUGUAGUUUGUAGUGAUUAUGAUUCCUUCAGGAGUUGCCAAAAAUAUUGUAUCUGAAGUCAGUGUGUGUUGCAUAAAACGAACGUCUUCAGUUGAGCGAUGUGCAGACGCACGCGUGGACAGGCAGGGCAGCGACAGUCCGUCUGUAUCUGUGACUCGUUGAAAGAGGAUUUCACUGCAUCUUACACCUCCCUGUAAGUUACUUUGCACUAAAUGUCAGAGACACAAUCAGGUGUUUGUGAUGUUCAGCCAAGACGUUGGGAGAUCCAGGGACUGGCUAAACCACUACCACUCUCUUUUUGCAUGAAAACACAAAUGGUUCUACAGGUUUUUUUUUUCCUAUUUUGGUCCAAAGUGGCACUUUACCCUUCGCACUGAGGCCGUGUAGAGGCACCGCUGUUGCUGUGGGUGUAUGAUGGUUGUGUGGCGCAACGUACAGCCGGAGACCAGACGGCACGCAGAGCCUGUAGAGACCCAACGAAGCUGAGAGCUGAACGGAUACUAGAGUAACUUCUGUGUCUUAUGACGCAUCUCAGCAUUUUAAUGGCUUUACUGUGUAGACUCUGUUCUUUUAACAGAGUGUAAUUUAAGAAAACUGUAUUUAUUUUGUCACCCUGCCUUGAAAUACCUCCUUGAUCAGCCAAUAUUCCCACUCCACCUCUCUGUACCGUGGUAAUGUCGUAAUCCCACCCUAGGACGUGUAACUCUCGCCAGAAAAGCACAAUAUCUUACAGUAUUUUGGAAUAAACAUUUGUGGAGAUUAGGAUAGAGCACUGUAGACCCGUGCGUAGACUGGCCUAGAUGUAACUAGUGUACAUUUAUACACUUUACUACCAAGUAUCCUUAGGACUGUGUAACAGUGUAAGGUAUGUAUACAUGUGCCAUUCAUUCUUCAUGUGCAGACUCUUUUAGAACAUAAGCACACCAAUAACUGAACUGUUAAACCAUCCCAUGAGCCAUUUUGCCCAAAUAUAUCCAAACCCAAACAUCGAUUUCUAUGUCAUAUUUAGUACUUGGCACGUAUUUUGAACCCUGUAUGGUUUUGGUAGUUUGUAUGUUUUAAACAGUUAAACACUAGGAGAAAAAGUGAACUCAAACCACUAAUGAUGUUUUCUAAGUUUUAUUUUUUUAAUAUGAUGCAUUUGUACAAAAAGCCAUAGGCCUCCAUGUUUUGAUAAUAAACCACUUAAUUUAUUAUGUCAAUAAAAGAACACUUGAUGUGA